CUUUUAAUAUUUCACGUUCGAGGCUUUUCCUUCGUCAUCGACGUCGUCGUCGUCUCCUCCCCUACGUUCUCUCUUCCUCUCUUUCUCUCCCUCUCUUUCUCGCUUUCUGGGGUUCGUUCCUUUUUUCCGUAAAUGCGAAGCUUUUAGGGUUUCCAGGGGGAUUCCGGGGUGCAGUCGGGAGUUUGAGUAUAACUAUAGGGUUUACUGAUCUUUCGGUCAGUGGAUUUGGGUUGAAUUCUUCGAGAUAUCUGAUGGUUUCAGAGCUCAAAAUUUGGAUUUUGGGGGAGGAAGCUGUGUUCACGUGAACGUUGUUGUUGUCUUUUCGGUUUUUCAGAGGGUUUUGGGGGAGUAAGCUGCGACUCUGCCAUCUCCACUUGAUUUUACUGAAAAAAAGCGUUCCUUUUAUUCCUUUACUCUCUCCUUCUCGAGAAUUGCAGUUGCCUAUAUUCUUCUUUUCAUUUCUUUUUUCUUCUCUUUUGGGGGAAUUCUCAGCUGGGUUUCUAGCGAUUUGAGCUCAGUCUUUGCUAGUGUGCGCCAGGGUGGCGUUAAUUUGAGACAGUGAGAGAGAGAGCUUCAUGUAAAGGGUCCUGAACAAGUUGGUAGAUAAUUUCGUGUUAAUGGAGAAAGACUUAUAACCUGUAUGGACCCCCAAGCUUUUGUCAGGUUGUCCAUUGGGUCCCUGGGGCUGAGAAUCCCAGUUGCAGCUUCAAAGGCAGGUCAAAUUGGAAUCCACGCAUCCUCCUCACCAUGCUCUUGUGAGAUACGUUUACGAGGCUUCCCUGUUCAGACAGCACCAGUUCCCCUAAUCUCCUCCGCUGAGGCUACACCAGAUCUCCAUAGCAUUGCUACAAUCUUCUAUCUUGAAGAAUCUGAUGUUAAAACUCUGUUGGGACCUGGCAGGCUUCAUCCAUCUCGUGCCUAUUUAGAGAUUAUUGUUUUCACAGGGUGGAAGGGCUUCCAUUGUGGUGUCAACAGCAAGAAGCAACAGAUUGGGAAGUUUAGGUUGCAGGUCAGUCCUGAAUGGGGGGAAGGGAAGUCAGUGUUGCUUCAUAAUGGAUGGACAGGAAUUGGCAAGAACAAGCAGGAUGGUGGUAAGCCAAGAGCUGAACUGCAUCUAAGAGUGAAAUUGGAUCCAGAUCCAAGAUAUGUUUUCCAGUUUGAAGAUGAGACAGCACUAAGUCCCCAGAUAGUUCAACUUCGGGGCACCAUCAAGCAACCUAUUUUUAGUUGCAAGUUCAGUCGUGACAGGAGGGCAUCUCAGCUGGAUUCAGUGAGCAAUCACCGGGUGAGCACCACCUAUGGAACAGACCAAGAUACUGACAGGCGGGAGAGAAAAGGCUGGAGGGUGAUGAUCCAUGAUCUCUCUGGUUCAGCAGUUGCUGCUGCCUUUAUGGCAACUCCCUUUGUACCAUCAAUGGGAUGUGAUCGAGUUGCACGGUCCAACCCUGGGGCCUGGCUAAUUGUCCGACCAGAUGCCUUUGGUCCUGAUAGCUGGCAACCUUGGGGCAAGCUGGAAGCAUGGCGUGAGCGAGGCAUCAAAGAUUCGAUAUGCUGUCGUUUUCACCUCCUCUCUGAAGGUCAGGAGGGGGGUGACCUACUUGUAUCAGAAAUCUUGAUCAGUGCUGAUAAAGGUGGGGUUUUCUUCAUAGACACUGAAAGACGGACACCAUCGGUGACGCCAUUACCAAGUCCAAGAAGCAGUGGGGACUUCGCAUCCCUGGGCCCCGUCUUUGGGGGUUUCGUGAUGAAUUGUCGGGUGCAAGGAGAAGGGAAGAGUAGCAAGCCAUUGGUGCAACUUGCUAUGCGGCAUGUGACUUGUGUGGAGGAUGCGGCCAUCUUUAUGGCACUUGCUGCGGCUGUUGAUCUCAGUAUGGUGGCAUGCAGGCCAUUCCGUAGGAAGCCUAAGAAGGGGAGCCGCUAUUCUUUAAGAUGGAACUAAGUCUCGUAAAGUGGGUUCCUCGCGAGCAUCAUGUCAUGAACUAGUGCUACUCUUGAUGGAGAGAUUGAACUGGAGAAGACGAGACAGAAGAACGAUGUUGUACAUAAAGAUGUUGGUUCAUGCAGUAUUCUGAUGCUAUGAUGACUGGGGAUAUGUAGUGUUUCUAAAGGAAAGUCGGGUUAUUGUUAUUGAUGCCCAUAUUUUAGUAGUUUUCUGACCCGAUAAAAUUCAGCUGCUAGAUCCAGCUUGUUUUAUUGAAUAUUGGCCCUCCCCACAAUCAUGAAUCAAUCAGACAUUCAGACCAGAUAGUGUCAUACGCUAAAAUAGUUGAAA